AUAUUUUUUUUAAUUUUUUUACCUUUCUGUUAAUAAUUUUCGUUCACUGAAGUUCAUGCAAAAUCUUUAAGAUUUCUUAGCUUGUUUUUCUAUGGCAUCCUGUCCCGUUUCUGGCUCCCUUUUCUUCUUUGCAAUGAAUACAAGGCUACUGUUACUGUAUUUUCUUACCCACUGUUCUUUCUUAGUUUGAUUCCUUUCUUCACUACUAACGUUAUUUGAUUACUUUGUCCUCUUGUGCUUAUUCCAAUCUAGACCCAUUAUGUGUACAGUCAUUUGACCCACUUUCAUCUCAAGACAUUUCUGCAACAUUUCUGUUAUGUGACUGGCUAGUUAGAUGGCCGUUAGGAAACCCCGUAUUUUUUGUGAUUUUUUUUUAAAGCUUUUUUGUUGUUUGGAUUGAUUCUCAGUUUUUUUGUUUGUUUGUUUUGUUUUUUAAGUAUUAAUUAAGAGUUCAGAACUUCAUCUGGCCUGUAUCAACACAUAGUUUUGGUUUUGUGGGUGGAGUUUAGCUUGUCCUCCCUCUCCCACUUCUCUUAUUUUGUUUUUUCCUUCAGUAAUUUUUUUCAGAUAGAGACAGGCUUGCUUUGACUGCACAACUCUGUCCAAGCCCUCACCUAUCUACUAGUUUAACAAAAAUAACUUGCUGCAAAGCUUGUGGCAUGGAACACUUUCUCUUGCUUGUGUGUUCUUUAACUAUAUGAUAAUGUUACUACUUGGCAUGUACAAUAUUUUCCUUGAUCAUUUUUCUUCCUUUUGGUAACUGGUGUUCAGUGUGUUUGGAUGAAUUUGACACCUACUUUGUUUUUACAACAUCUGUGCCUUAACAAGAGUUUUUCUGGCUGAAAGCAUUAACUUAUUAUUGAGGUGAGGACUGGAGGGAGGAGUGUACAGGAAAUUGUACGGACAGAGCACAGCGUUCUGAAAUUAUGCCACCAGCACACGUAGGUUCUUUUAGCAAGGCCCUUAUGUAGGGAAACAGUUAUGGAGAUCUGAUACAGUAUUAUUAAAUGUGUGGAAAUACAGAACUAGGAUUAGCAGUUAGUUUCCUUCUGAUACGUUCUUAAAAAAGCAAAUUAGCUAGGUGGUGGUUUUUAAGUUUCUUUAUUACAGGUUUUAUAAAGUAAUCUUAUACAAAUGUAAGUAUUUAAGAGCUUUUCAAACAGUGGUUUAAAUGGCCCCUGGGUUUUCAUUAAUAUUUUCGACUUGCAAGAAAGUGAUCAUAUGCUGUAUGUGCAUAAACUGAAUUUUUACGUUGCUUCUGAAGUCAUAUGCUCCUGUGCAACUUCUUUGGUCUGCAUGUUUCUUCUCUGCAUACGAUUCAGCUUUCAUUUUCAGCAGGAGUUACUGCGUAACUGGUAUUGAAGUGUUUGCAAAAGGUUGUUGUUUUUUUUUUAAGUAAACAUGUAAUUUGAUUUUAAGUUGUUUGCCAGUACUGUACACAUGUAGGUACUGUGAGUCUGUUCUUUCUGUCAUUUUCUUCUCAAGCCAGAGAUGUGGUCAUUGGUGAAGAUUGUUCUGAAAUUCAGAGGGAGUAGCAAAAGUAUGCAAUCACAGUGUAUCAUACUGUACCAAGUUAGCUUAUCAAGAUUCAAGAUGUCACUGUCAUUGCUUCAGCAGCAGUGCAGACCUCUGUUCUUGAUUCCAGUGACUGAGUUGCAGUUCUCAAAAUAAAUAACAAUAAUUUGGAUGCCUGUUGUGCAGUUCUGUCUCAGGAGAGCACAAAAUAUCUCUAUGGUGAAGGAGACCUAAGUUUCUCGGAUGAUUCUGCGAUUCCUGGACUACGAAAUCACAUGACAUCUCUUAAUUUGGAUUUGCAGUCACAGAACGUGUAUCACCAUGGAAGAGAUGGAAGAAUGAAUGGAAGUAGGACUCUAGCUCACAGCGUUAGCGAUGGACACCUUCAAACCAAGCAGCCCAACAAUGAACUAUUUCAGCAGGAACCACAGACUGCACCUGCGCAGGUUCCACAAGGAUUUAAUGUCUUUGGAAUGGGUAAUACAGUUAGUGCUUCUAAUCCGGGGCAACAUCUUGGAUUUCACCUAGGCAGCAAAGGAGUAUCUAACUUGUCUCAACAAACACCCAGAUUCAACCCAAUCAUGGUAACCUUAGCCCCAAAUAUUCAGCCUGGCCGCAAUACCCCUACGUCUUUGCACAUACAUGGUGUACCUCCUCCUGUACUUAACAGUCCACAGGGAAAUUCUAUCUAUAUUAGGCCUUAUAUCACAGCUCCUAGUGGUACAGCUCGACAGACACAGCAGCAGGCAGGUUGGGCAUCUCAGUUUAAUCCUAUGCAUCCUCAGCAAGUCUACCAGCCUUCGCAGCCAAGUCCUUGGACUACUCUUCCUACAUCCAAUACCACGCCACAUACCUCAUCGCAACACUCAACGCAGCCAAAUCAGCAAGGCCACCAGACUUCUCAUGUCUAUAUGCCUAUCAGUUCUCCUACUACUCCACAAGCACCUAUGAUUCAUUCAUCUGGUAGCUCACAAUCCUCUGCUCAUAGCCAAUACAACAUUCAGAAUAUAUCCACAGGACCUCGCAAAAACCAAAUUGAAAUCAAACUUGAACCACCACAGAGAAAUAGUUCUUCUAAGUUGCGUUCAACUGGCCCUCGCACCUCCACUACUCCCUCUUCCCUCAACAGCCAGACAUUAAGUAGAAGUCAGCCCACUGUUUACAUAUCGGCCAGUCCUCCAAAUACUGAUGAAGUGAUCACACGUGGUCAGCCUAAGGUCUACAUUUCAGCAAAUGCCACCACAGGAGAUGAUCAACUUGUGCGGAACCAGCCCACGCUUUUCAUAUCGACAAAUCCUGGAGUAUCUGCCACUUCUAGGAAUAUGUCUGGUCAAGUAAGCAUGGGUCCUGCAUUUAUUCAUCACCAUCCACCCAAGAGUCGAGCAGUGGGCAACAGCACCACUGCAACCUCUCCUCGAGUGGUUGUUACGCAGCCUAACACAAAAUAUACUUUUAAAAUUACGGUUUCUCCAAAUAAGCCCCCUGCAGUUUCCCCAGGGGUAGUCUCCCCAACCUUUGAACCUACAAACCUUCUAAACCUUCCUGAUCACUAUGUUGAACCAGAGGGUAUCCAGCAUCUUACUGACCCUGUUUUAGCACAUGUGGAUAGGAUCAGUGAUGCACGAAAAUUGAGUAUGGGAUCUGAUGAUGCUGCCUACACGCAAGCUUUACUGAUACAUCAGAAGGCCAGGAUGGAGCGACUUCAACGAGAACUUGAGAUUCAAAAGAAAAAGUUGGAUAAACUAAAAUCAGAGGUCAAUGAAAUGGAGAAUAAUCUGACACGAAGGCGGCUGAAAAGAUCGAAUUCUGUUUCCCAAAUUCCAUCACUGGAAGAAAUGCAACAGUUAAGAAGUUGUAACAGACAGCUGCAGAUAGACAUAGAUUGCCUAACCAAAGAGAUUGAUCUUUUUCAAGCAAGAGGACCACAUUUUAAUCCCAGUGCUAUUCAUAAUUUUUAUGAUAAUAUUGGAUUUCUUGGUCCGGUGCCACCAAAACCCAAAGAUCAGAGGUCCAUUGUGAAAACACCAAAGACUGUUCCAGACGCAGAUGAAGAUGAGGGAGCUCAGUGGAGUUGUACUGCCUGUACUUUUUUAAAUCAUCCAGCCUUAAAUCGCUGUGAACAGUGUGAAAUGCCCAGGCAUUUCUGAGCCAACAGGCCCGUAUCUUCUGUAAAACCACAGCAAACGUACAAGGAACUAUCCAGUCAUUGGGGGCAGAAAAAGCAUUUAUGUGUAGGAUUUUGUAAAAUUGAAGGCGUGGUGAGAUGGUGUUUUGUAAUGUUAAAUGUCAGCCCACAGAGCUAGUAAUGCCUCAGUGUUGUGUCACAGGCAGUUGAAAUUCAUCGGCUGGAAGGUAAUCUGCUGAAAGACUCAGUUGCCAGCUGCCUAAACCAUGUACAGUAUUACCAUAUCCCAGUAGCACGCACCGUGUUCAGUGCUUGGGUGUUGCCCAUCCUCUUCUCUGCCCCGAAGUCACUACUGAAUUUUGACAGGGGAAAGGAAUAGAGUGCUCGCAUUUUUGUUUUCAGAGCUUUCAGUGAAACACUACAUGCACAGAGGAAAUUUAAAAGGAACAAGGUUUAACUGUUUAAACUGUUUGCUGCCACAUAGUGCCUUUGAUAAAGGGAGGAACUUCACAAACCAGUGGUACUCUUUGCCUUGUCUUCCCUGAAAACAUCUCUGUGAAGCCAGAAAUCAGUACGAUCACAGCUAAAGACGAAAAGGAAAAACUGCAUGCGUUGUCUGUACAAUACACACAGUGAAAUACCCCAAAGCUUUUCCUACUGUACAUAGCUCUAGAGCCUGCUUUAAGUGAUUUCUUUUCUUCACCUUUAUUAUUUUCUUGUACUUCUGUAUGUAUAGUGUAAUAGUCUUUUUGUUAACUUUCUUUUUUUUUUCCCUUUAAGUGAUUAAGCACGAUCAUGUCCCUUUUUUUUAAGCUUUUAUCUGAGAGAAACAAUGCCUUAAAAUAAGAGCAUUAAUAAGAAACUAUGCACAAAAUAGCUUUCCUCUGCUCAUUCUGUACAUUGCUCUUGUAAAUGCUGAUGAUCUGUGAAGACCUGCAGAUGCAGCGUGGUAAAAGUGCAGGAAAAGUUGGAAGAGUUAUGCAUAUAGUUCACUCUGUACACUGAGUUUUACGGUGGGUGACACAAGGUAGCAUUUUGUCUGGCGUGAGGAAAUAAACUAAGAAACUUUCAACCCACCAACAGAUCAGCUUCCGAUUUAAGCUUGCUUCAUCUGCUGGGUAUCUUGCAGACUCCUGAAGAGAGAUUCAUUGGGGAAGUACACACAGUGCCAAAUCAACAGCAGCAGCAUCAUACAGCUUUGUUCAAGAACUUUAAAUGCUUUCCUGUUUUGGCAGCCAGUUUCUAAACAUGACUUGUGGUGAAGUCUCAUAUUUAUAGAAAACAAGGAUAGCAAUAUUUAGGACAACUGAAAUAAAGGCUGGAAAAAAGAAAUCAAACAGACUUGAACACUGAAGCAACCUCAAGCAUCUCUUUUUUUGAUGAUCUAUUUUUUUAAGGAAAAUAUUCACGUGAUCGGGAAUGUACGUAACAGAUGGAGAAAAUGGAAUUACAGUAUGUAUGAAAGACAGCACACGAUUAUGUAGCAGCACUUAAAGUGAGGCUGGAGGGAGUGCUAACUAUGUAGCAAGAGACAAAGUAGACUGUCACCCACUGUAAACAUUUGCCAGUGGACAUUUUCAUUAGGAAUUUUACAAGUGAUCUAUGUGAAUACACAAAGGCCUUUGUUUUGAAGGCUUUGCAUUUUUUUAUGUGGGAAGAAAAUGCCAAUCCCAGGUAAUUAGGCAGUAGACCCAAAGCACUUGCAUUCAAUGCAUUUUGUCUAUAAAAUGAGGCCUUGUUUUUCAGCUUCAUCUGCAGUUCUAUGUGAAGAUUGACAAAUCAGUUUUUACCUGUUUAUUAAUAAAACCUAAUUUGGAUAUCUUGAGUUGAUGGUUUUGUGAUUUAGCUGGGUAAACUGUCUUUGUAACAGAUAAGUUAUUUAUAAAAAUUAAAAAAAAAAAAUUAUAUUCUAA